AUGGCCAAGUUAGUACAUAAUAUCCAAAAAAAACAGCAUCGGGAACGUUCUCAACUUCACGAACGUUCAAAAUAUGGGUUUUUAGAAAAACAUAAAGAUUAUGUGAAAAGGGCUAAAAACUAUCAUGAAAAACAAAAUACGUUGAAGGUAUUGAGAAGUAAAGUCAAUGAACGUAACCCAGAUGAAUUUUACUAUGGCAUGAACUCCAAAAAGAUUGAUUCGAGGACAGGUCUUUUAAUAACGAAUAGACAUGGUAGUGAUAAUAAUGAAGACUCUACAUUGAGUAUGGAUCAAGUCAAGUUAUUAAAAACACAAGAUACCAAUUACAUUAGAACUAUGAGAAUGGAAAGUUUAAAAAAAUUAGAAAAGAAUAAGAAAACAUUAAUGUUUAAAAGCAAGGGUGAACAUAAAAUUUUUGUAGAUAACGAUGAAGAAUUAUACAAUUUUAAACCAGAGGAGUAUUUUAACACACCUAAGGAAAUGUUGAAAAGAAGUGAAAAUAGAUUAACUGUGGACCAAUUGGAAAAUUAUUAUGAUAAUAAAGAUAAUGGUUUGAUAAUGCCCAAGGAAUCUUUGGAAAAAAGAAAAUUAAAGAAAUUUAAAAUAGUUAAACAAUACAUUGAAAGAGAGAAUAAAUUGAAGCAAGUGGAAGAAAGAAUGGCUUUACAACGGGAAGUAAUGAAGAAAGGAUCUAAAAAGAGAAUAGUAGGUGAUAAUGGCAAAGUAACCUUUAAAUGGAAGAAGCAAAGAAAGAGGUGA